UUUCUUUAUACAUCUGCCAUCACACAACGUAACUGUUUCAGAUCAAAGCCAAAAAUAUGGGCCAGUCUCUGCAGAAAUUAGCUCCUGGUUCCGAAGAGAGAAAGAUCAAAGAGAUUAUUCCAAUUAUAGAAUCAUGCUAUGAAAAAAAUCUCAAGGAUGCCAAGAACCUCCAGUUCGAAGAAUUCUACCGUAUCGUAUGCGACAUAGUCGAGAAAAUCAACGAAAAUCUUAAAAACACGCAAUUUAAGCUGCCUCCAGUGAAUGAUCUAAAGGACGCAUUCGAUAAACAUCAUGGUGGAGAGAAGAGGAAGGAGAAGCUAGAGAAAGCAGAUUUCCAUGAGAUCCUUAAGGAAGUGAUGACAAAAGGGUCAUCAAUAGAGUUAUUAACAGGAAUUGGUGGAGCAAAGGAAGUACUCAUGUACAUCUUUGGUGUCCCUUUGGCAACCCUUUUCCUCAAGCGCACAGCUAUGCCUAAUGCUCUUCGUGAUGACUUCUUCAUCCCUGGAGUUACUUCCCUCACUGUCCUCAUCCUUGCUGCCCUUAACAAGAUUUGAUGCCAUUAAUAUGAAUACUACUUGUGCUUCAUGCUUAACAUUUCUUAAACUUGGGGCUUCAUUUGUGCAUGCCAUCAAGUUCUUAUUACCUUAGUUAGCAUGGUGAGAACAAAAAUGAUAUGUUCAUAUACAAAAUUAACCAUCAAAUCAGACACUACCUAUUUAUUUAUUAAUAGGUGUUAGAGGAAUUAAGUCAAUUAUUUGUAUUACUUAUUAAUAGGCGCGAUUUAUUAAGGUAGAUGUAGUAAUAAUAUAAGAUGAAAACUCAUAUCCAGGUGUUAUUAUGUAAAGUUGAUAGUUGAAAGUUAUUAGAUAACAAUCUAGUCAAACCUGUCAAAUCAUCUAACGAUUUUCAGCUAUCAACUUCACAAUAAAAUAAUUGUAUGUGAGUUUUCACUAUGAGAUUUAAUAUAUGUAUGAUUUUUAUA